UCCGUAGAAGGCAGUGCGCCACAAAAAUACGGAAAAACAAAACGGUCUCUUCCAAUUAUGUAGGGGAAGUUUUUGAAAACUGUUUUGACAAGCGACCCGAAAGUUGAUAACUAGAAAUAUAUGCAAGCAGACGGAAACAUUUGAUGACUCAAAGUGAAUUGGAGCAAUGGAGAUAACCCCCAAAGCAGACAAACUACCAUGUUCGCAUUCAUCGCCUUGUUAUUCAGUCGAGUCAAGCCCCUCUGAAUUCAAAGAAUAUAAACAUCGCUCUGGGCUGAGCGCCUCACUAAGGGAGAGGCUGAAGAGAACACAGCGCUCCUUCAUCUCACCCCUCUCUGUGGCCAAACGCCUUUGUGUUGACAACGAAGAAGAAGAGGAGGACAGCAAGCAAGUUUCUGCAGACACCUCAGAGAUCCACAGCGAGGAUGCACACAGGACUAAAACUAUGCUGGGCAGUGAGGGACAGUCUGCGCCUCCUCAACCAACACAGAUCUCCUCAGAAGAUUUAGCUCUGCAGCUGAGGAAGGAGGUGAAAGAGAAAACUGAGACUCUGCGUCGGCUAAAGAUGGUCAAAAUGUACAGAAGCAAGAAUGAUUUGAUGCAGCUCCAAACCUUGAUUGACAAGUGGCGGAGUUGUGCUCAGGCUGCUCUGUAUGAGCUCCAGUCAGAGAUCCCCAUAGAGGGAAGAAAAGCUGAACUCUCUGAGCUCGUCGACCUCUUUGGUCUGGAUGACAGCAUUCUGAGCUUUGACCGUGCAGAGGGGGAUUUCACUACUUAAUACCUGAAGCAGUAUCUUAAGUUUAACAGACACCACAAAGGAGUUAACACAGUUAACUGUAUUUAUUUCCAGUUCUUGUUCACAGCAGGGGUAACAAUAUUAACAUACUGUGGCAAAAUGUACUGCGUUCAAAAAAACCCAAUACAUUUACUUAAAAGAUUGUGUGUAAGACACUAUAAAGAUCUAAUCUAUCUUUUUACAUCUUAACAUUUUAUGCCCGUUUGCAACAAAGUAAACAAAUAAAACUGUGUUCAUGAGUUGAACUGCAACUAGUCGAAUGCGGGAAGUUAUUUUCUUCCUAGACACUGUUGAUCUCUCUGGAGUCGUUUCAGCUCCUCUGAAUGAGCGCUUGCACGCCUCUCCUAUAUGGCCUUCUUACAGAUUUCCUGAAAGCGCUCCUCUCUUUUUGCGUCUUCAUCUUCUGUUCCAGCUAAAAUGCCAAAAGAGCU